AUGUUUUGCUUUGAACAUUCUGUCUUUAUCACUUCGCCAAUCAAUUAUUUCUAUAAGUUAAUAAUCUUUAAAUAA